AUGACCUCCUCUCUGGAUAACACAGGCUCUGCCAAUGCACCAUGGCCGGCUGUGAUCGCGCAGCAAAUACAACCUUACCUGCCUGUUGAGAUCUGGUCGAGAGUCCUUCAUCAUGUGGACGACGACUACACGCUUUGGGUCAUUUGCCGGCAGGUCUCCCAAACCUUUCGAGCGGAAGCUGAACACGAGUUUGGAUUGAAACGCCUCUCAACUCUGGAUAUAUCUUGGCUCGCUCGUGGGCGCGCCCAGCAUCAAGAUCGCCUUCUCUACUACUACUGCAGAGUGCUGAGCAUACAGUUCCAGAAUCUUAUCGAGGACAGUGCACGAGCUCAGUUCAGCGCGCAGUUCCAAUUCGACUUUCAUCAUGACGAUAUACCCAUAGAUGAUCACGAAUGGGUUCAUUGCGAUUGCUGCAAGGAUAUUGUGGUUGGACUGAUGGCCUUUCGAGAUCUAGAUUUCGAAGAGAGAUCCGGAGAAAGAUACUAUGCUAGCCAAACUGCCACGCUCGGGUCAUACUGCAAUGAAGCCGAGCUUCCGGGGCUGAUGGUUGAUACUGUCCGAAAGACCUUUGCCUUCGAUUGGAAAGCGUUCCUAAACGACUUCUUUCGGAUCACUACCUAUAUUGAGACACGUAACCAAGUCAAAGACCGCGUACGCGAUCGCGCAGAACAGUCCCUAAACAAUUUGCGUCACCCCCCAAAUUGUGGCGAUGACACCACUUCCGUAUCCUUGUUCGAGUAUUGGUGCAAAUGGUCCGAAACGUUUGAGGAAGAAGACGAUGAUCGCUGCACAGAAGCCUAUUUUCGCCGUAUGCAAUCUGUACGCAAUAAGGCAGGGUUUCCAUUAGAUCUUGCCAAUAUUACUGAAAAGACUCGCAAGUACCAGAGGUUACGAUUCAGUGGGAGGAGGAAGUGCAGAAACCAUGCGCUGUUCGAUGAGCUCUGCUAA